GCCCACCUACCAACAAAAUCAACACAAACAAAGGAAGAAGAGGCUCCAUCAUCAUCAUCAUCAUCAUCAUCACAAGCAAAAUCUUCACAUUCAUUCAUUUCCAUUCUCUACUUUUCUGCAACCCUUUUCUCACUUGAAAACAAGACAAGAAUAAAAGAACCACCCUUUUGUUGUUGUGGAGAGACAAUGAAAACAAAUGAUCCUAUGAAUAUGAUCAGAGAAAGAUGAAAGCAUGCUUUGUCGGCCAAUAAACCUUCACACCCCAUAAAGAUCCUUUCACUCUCACCAUCCAUUCUUUCUUUCUCUUCCCUUACAGUGCCACCCCCACUUACCCGGAUAUUCAUUGAACUUCGAGCCUAAAGGCUUUUGGAUUUUUCUCAUCAAAAUCUUGUCCUUUUCCUCUUCAGAUUAAAGAUCCCCACUUUUCAUGCCAAAAAGCCAGGUGGGUAUAUUCUAUUUCUGGCUAGAGUUUCACUCACUUCAGGGUCCUUCUCAAUUUUACUUCACCAGGAAUCAUUGAUUUGAUUUGAUUUGAUUCCAACUGGUGGACUUGCUGGACUGGUUUUGUUCUUAUCGAGUGCUGAUGGUGGGGUUUCAAAGGUGUUGAGAAUUAAGAUGUCUUUGAACAUCAGGGGGGGGAGAGGUUUGUCAGAAGGGUAUUUCGUAAUUUUACUGCUCUUGACUUUACUUUGUGGCAUAGAGGGGUUGAACACAGAGGGGCAUAUCCUUCUAGAGCUGAAGAAUGGACUUCAUGACAAGUUUAAUCUAUUGGGGAGUUGGAAGUCUUCUGAUGAAACCCCAUGUGGAUGGGUUGGUGUAAAUUGUAGUGACAAUAGCAUCAACUCAGUGGUCAUGUCUCUUAAUUUGAGUUCUAUAGGUCUUUCUGGAACUCUAAAUGCUACUAGCAUUGGGGGUUUGACCCAUCUAACUUAUGUAAAUCUUGCUUUCAAUGAGCUCACUGGAAAUAUCCCCAGGGAGAUUGGUGAGUGCUUGAAUUUGGAAUCUCUAUAUUUGAACAACAAUCAAUUUGAGGGACCAAUUCCUGCUGAAUUAGGUAAGCUGUCUGUUUUGAGAAAUUUGAACAUUUGCAACAAUAAACUCUCUGGUGUUCUUCCGGGCGAGUUUGGAAGCAUGUCUUCAUUGGUUGAGUUAGUGGCCUAUAGCAACUUUCUUGUUGGCCCCCUGCCUAACUCCAUCGGAAAUUUGAACAAUCUUGUGACUUUCAGAGCCGGGGCAAAUAACAUUACCGGUAGCUUGCCGAAGGAAAUUGGCAGAUGUAAGAGCUUGGAACGUCUUGGUCUUGCUCAAAAUCAGCUCACAGGGGAGCUACCGAGUGAGAUUGGCAUGCUUAACAGCUUAAAAGAACUCGUUUUAUGGGAAAACCGGUUCUCCGGAGCUAUUCCUAAAGAGCUAGGGAAUUGCAGUAAUCUUGAGACCCUUGCUUUAUAUGGGAAUAAUCUUGUUGGGCCUUUACCUAGGGAGAUUGGGAACCUCAAAUCAGUGAAGUCGUUGUAUCUUUACAGAAAUAAGUUAAAUGGGACCAUCCCAAGGGAAAUUGGAAAUCUUUCUUCAGUUUUAAGCAUUGAUUUCUCAGAGAAUUCUUUUGUAGGUGACAUCCCUUCGGAGUUGAGCAAAAUAAGUGGUCUGAGUUUGCUCUUUCUCUUUGAGAAUCAUCUAACUGGUGUUAUACCUGACGAGUUUAGCAACUUGAGGAACCUGUCUCAGCUGGACCUAUCAAUAAACAAUCUUAGAGGUCCAAUUCCACUUGGCUUCCAAUAUCUGUCUCGAAUGUAUCAGUUGCAACUUUUUGACAACUCUCUAAGUGGUGUUAUUCCUCAGGGACUCGGACUUCGUAGUCCUCUUUGGGUGGUUGAUUUCUCCGACAACAACUUGACCGGAAGAAUACCUCCUCAUCUUUGCCGAAAUUCCCGCUUGAUGUUGUUGAAUUUGGCAGCUAACCAGCUUAAUAGAAAUAUACCCACAGGGAUACUGAACUGUGAAUCACUGACACAGCUGCUGUUGUUUGGAAACAAGCUUACCGGCGGCUUCCCUUCAAAACUGUGUAAACUGGAGAACCUUACUGCCGUUGAUUUGAACGAGAACAGGUUCAGCGGUCCACUUCCUCCUGAGAUUGCGUACUGCCGUAAAUUGCAAAGGCUUCAUAUUGCAAACAAUUAUUUCGUAUCAGAGUUACCUAAGGAAAUAGGAAACCUCUCUCAGUUGGUGACUUUUAAUGUUUCAUCAAAUCUUUUCACUGGUGGAAUCCCACCUGAAAUUUUUUGGUGCCAAAGGCUCCAGCGGCUUGAUCUCAGUCACAAUAGCUUUACUGGUUCCUUGCCAAGUGAGCUUGGAACACUUCAACACUUGGAGAUUCUCAAGCUCUCAAAUAAUAAGCUGUCUGGAUAUAUUCCUGGAGCAUUAGGUAAUCUGUCUCAUUUGAACUGGUUGCUGAUGGAUGGAAAUUCAUUUUCUGGUGAAAUACCUUCCCACUUGGGUUAUCUUUCAAGCUUACAGAUUGCAAUGGAUCUCAGUUACAAUAAUCUUUCUGGACGAAUACCGUCUCAGCUCGGGAAUCUCAACAUGCUUGAAUAUCUGUUUCUGAAUAACAACCAUUUGGAUGGUGACAUUCCCAGCUCCUUCAGUGAGCUUUCAAGCUUGCUAGGAUGUAAUUUCUCACACAAUAACCUCUCUGGACCUAUACCUUCCACUAAGAUUUUCCAAGAUAUGGAUGCAAGUAGCUUUAUUGGUGGUAACAAAGGCCUUUGCGGUGCACCUCUCGGUAGCUGCAACACCAAUCGAGCUUCUCGUUCUGUUCGUCCAGGGAAAAAUGUUGAGUCUCCUCGCGCUAAAAUUGUCAUGAUCAUUGCAGCUGUUGUUGGUGGUGUUUCUCUCAUUUUUAUUGUAGUUAUUUUGUAUUAUAUGAGACGUCCUAGGGAGACAAUUGAUUCCUUUGGAGACGCUGAGAGUGAGACUCCCUCCGCGAAUUCAGAUAUGUAUUUGCCUCCAAAGGAUGGUUUCACAUUUCAAGAUCUAGUUGAAGCUACAAAAAGGUUUCAUGAAAGCUAUGUUAUUGGCCGCGGAGCUUGUGGAACAGUUUACAAGGCAGUGAUGAAAUCUGGUAAAACUAUUGCUGUAAAGAAGUUAGCAUCUAACAGGGAGGGGAAUAACAUUGAGAACAGUUUCAGGGCUGAGAUAAUGACUCUGGGAAGGAUAAGGCAUCGGAAUAUAGUGAAGUUGUAUGGUUUUUGCUAUCACCAGGGCUCCAAUCUCCUACUUUAUGAGUACAUGGAAAGGGGUAGCUUAGGAGAACUAUUGCAUGGUUCUGCAGCUAGUUUGGAGUGGCCGACUCGGUUCAUGAUUGCGCUUGGAGCUGCUGAGGGUCUUGCCUACUUGCAUCAUGACUGCAAACCAAAGAUUGUUCACCGUGACAUAAAAUCUAAUAACAUUCUACUUGAUGAAAGUUUUGAGGCCCAUGUUGGUGAUUUUGGCUUGGCAAAAGUGAUUGACAUGCCACAGUCAAAAUCAAUGUCUGCAAUUGCUGGAUCUUAUGGGUAUAUUGCUCCUGAGUAUGCAUAUACCAUGAAGGUCACAGAAAAGUGUGACAUAUACAGUUACGGCGUUGUGCUCUUGGAACUGCUAACCGGAAAAUCUCCAGUUCAGCCACUGGAGCAAGGAGGUGAUCUUGUCACAUGGGUGAGGAACCAUAUUCGGGACCAUGACAAUACAUUGUCAUCAGAGAUACUCGACAGUCGUCUUGAACUUGAAGAACAAAUCACCAGGAAUCACAUGCUCACUGUUUUGAAACUUGCUUUACUAUGCACAAGCAUGUCUCCUUCAAAGAGGCCAACAAUGCGCGAAGUUGUGUCAAUGCUCAUUCUGUCCAAUGAGCGAGAAGGAAACCUAACACUCACUCAAACAUAUAACCAUGAUCUUCCUUCAAAAGGUGUCAUAUGAAACUAUGCAGCUUCUCUUGAGAUUUUGUUAACAAAGAGCCGCCCGGUUCAUCAAAGCUCAAGCUAUGUGCAGCGUCCAGGGAAGAGUCUGACAACAUGAUCUAAUAUAUGCAGGCUUGUCUAAUGUACACAGACUUACCUUGGUUUUUAACAAGGGACUGUUUCCAGGACUUGAAUCCGUGAUCUCUGUCACAUGACAACAACUUUUUACCAAUGCGCCAAGGCUCGCCUUCUCUUGAUUUGUUAACAAAAUGAUUUUGUUAACUCAUUUUGUUAACAAAUCUGAUAAUUUUUUUCCUGGUCAUUUUCAUUAGUAUUGUUUUCCACAAGAGAGAGUAGAAGAUGAUUCUUGUACAUCCUUUCACCCCAUUAUUCCACUAGACUUAAUUUGUUUUUUCAUAGCAGCCUUUGUUAAUGAUUUCACUUCUUUAUAUUUUCUUUUGGAAUUCAAUAUAGUAACUUUAUUGUACAGGUUGGGGUUGGAAUUACCAUUUAAUGUGCAUCA